ACGGAGUGUGCCAACUUCAUCCGCCUCCUCCAGCCCUUCAACAGGAGCCACGUGUUCGCCUGCGGGACCGGCUCCUACCAGCCUGUCUGUGCCUUCAUUCAGCUGGGAGCCAGGGGGAAGUGGCACCCCAACCCACCCAUGCCCCCCACCUCUGACCCCGCAGAUGGGGAGCUGUAUUCGGGCACCUCCAGUGACUUCAUGGGCAGCAGCGCUGCCUUCUUCCGGACCUGGGUCCAUGGGGCCGAGCAGAGCUACAUCCGGACGGAGCAGAACCAGGACCACUGGCUGCAGAAGCCCGCAUUUGUCAGUGCCUACACCAUCCCCGAUACCUACAACCCACACGAUGACAAGGUCUACAUCUUCUUCCGUGAGACGGCCAUGGAAGAUGUUUUCCUCCUGCGCACCCGGGACCCCCAGAACCCCCUCGUCUUCGGCCUCUUCACGGUCUCCAGCGGUGUCUUCAGCGGCUCUGCCGUCUGCGUCUACUCCAUGGCCGCCGUGAGAGCCGCCUUCACUGCCUUCAGCGGCCCCUUUGCUCACAAGGAGGGAUUCGACUACCGCUGGGUAGAAUACAAGGGCCGUGUCCCCUAUCCUCGUCCUGGCACGUGCCCCAGCGAGACGUACGACCCCCUGUUGCAGUCCACCAAGGACUUCCCCGACGAGGUGAUCAGCUUCAUGCGCACCCACCAGCUGAUGUGGGAGCCUGUGUACCCGCACGAUGAAGGUAAAGUCCUGAAGGUGGGGCUGGCCGGUGGGGUGAGCCGUGGCACCGAGGUGAUCAGCCUGGAGGAGAUCAGCGUCACUAAG